GCUACUCGGCAUCUUGUUUCCUCCCCUGCGCCUGAAACAGCAGCAGGAGCAUCGCAGCCCGGGGCGCUGCUUCUCGCAAGACAAUAUUAUUGUUGAAGAUUAGUCAGAUGCCUUCCGUCCAUUCCGGGCCUCACAUGCUAUGUCAUGCAAGCUUUGAAACACUUAGCCCAUAAUUUAAAUGAAUGAUUAAUUUGGCAAGCAUAAUGGAAGGCACACAUACUGUCCUUCAAUUGCACAAACCCAUUAUGGAGCUUUGUUACAUCAGCUUCUAUCUUCCAGAGGGAAAAGUCAGAGGAUUUACUUACAAGGGCUGUGUAACUCUGGAUAGAACCAGUAAACGUUUCUGUAGCUGCUAUCAAGUAAGGGAGAGGUUAGAGAUGGAGCUGAGAGAACAGCCAUAUGAAAACUUUGGAGAUAUUAUUUUCAAACAAACUACCACGAAAGACAUUCUUGUUGAGCUGUACAAACUGACUACUGAAAAGGAAAAACUGUUAUCCAGUGUUUUGAGAUCACAUCAUGUUCCGGACCUUAAGACAGGACAUCAGGACGGAAAGCGACAGGAUGUUUCUGGAGUCACAAAACUUGAAGGUGAUAAUUACUCUAGUCUUACACAUCAGCAGGAAUUCUUUCUGGAUUCCACAAUAAGAGACAAUUUGAAUCACAAAAAAAUGAGGAAAUACAGAAGGAAAGAGAGUUUUGAAGAAUUCAGACACCGGAAAGGGGGAAAAAAGAUACAUGAACAUCUUUUUUUGCUGAGUGCACAAGACACGCAACAGGAAACUAAGAUGCUCUCCACAAGGUUUCCUACCAGGAGUUAUCACAGUUCCUUUUCUGCCUCCAAUUGGCUAACAGUAAAAGGUAAGGAAAAUUUGCCAGUAGACAGUAGAAUACAACCAGAAAGGUGUAUUCUCGGGAGCAACAAAGCUGUGAAACUGGAUGCUGACUUACCAAGUUCUGGCUCCAAAGACAGCAACGAUGUGGUCACAGUUGAACCAGUGGAUAAUGGAGAAUGCAUUCCUGAAGUUGCAAAGGUGCAACAGAGUAGCACUUCAGUGAAGCCAUCUCACUACAGUCUAUCUAAUAAACUUGAGACAUUAAGUAAACCAGCUGCUGCUAAAAGCUUGAAAGGUAGCAAGUAUGCUGAGCCAAUAUGCAAGGAGAAACCAGGAAUCACAGCUGUUGGUGAAAUACAGGAUUUAGAUGCUUGUAUUAAAAAAGUUACCAAACCCCCUGCAGAGUCUUUACCUGAUUUUCACAGAGAGAAAGAAACCAUUCCUCCUGUUCUCACAACAGUACAUAAUAAGUUUAUAUCAAGAACUGAUGUAUGCUCUGUAGAUGAAGCUGCUGGAGACUGUAAUAACACUGUGCUGCAGGAGAAGGAGGAAGACAGCUCUGGUUUGCAGUACAAAGCAGAGAGAGUGCACAUUACUGAUGAGUCACACAACCUUGUGGGAGCAGUCAAUAAAGCUCUUCUGAAAGUUAUACGGAGCGACAGUUUAGAUGAAGCUGCAGAAUGGAAGAGACUGCAACAAAUUACAAGAGCAGACAGAAACCUACCGGGCUCUCUAUAUGAGAAAAGAGCCACGGUAUCCCAGGGAAACAGCAAGCAUUUAUUUUUGAACCUGCCUAUAAAUGAAAGUCCUGAUAUUCCUCAGACAAGUAAUAAUCUUAAACUGGAAGAGAAAAGGCUGCAUUCACCCCCUUUAGCAGCAGUGAGUAAUGUUUUUAGUAGUUCAUAUCCACUAUCUAAUACACACAAACAAAUGUCACCUGUUCCUUCUCCGUUAUCUUCAAGACUGCCUAGCCCACAGCUGCAUCAUCGGAUUCUCCCGUUACCAACACAGAACACCGAGGACGAAUCUACGUUCAGUGACUAUGGCUGUGGAAGACAUGGUGCUAUAAACUUCUCUUUCAGUGAUCUGGAGCCACAGUUCUAUCUGAAGUUUUCUGAACCUGGAGAAUUGGGAUUUGCCAACAGACAACAGGGCUCACAUCAGAGUGCAACUGCAGAGCGUUUUGAAAAGCGUGCUGUGCAAGAAAAAUUAACUACUCAGACACAGCAGAAUUUCUGUCCAGCAGAGUCUGCUUUAAAGGAUGACAUCACUGAAGGGCUGACUAAUUUGGAUGUGGCAAACAGAGAUGAAGAUACUUGGGUUCUGGAUUGCAGAUUGGGGCACUCCAACUCAUUUACUCAUUCAAGUGAUAAAGAGAAGAUCAACAGAAAUGUGUUGCAUUUGAGCCUGGAACUGAAUCUCACUCCCUGGGACUUUUCUGAAAAUCUUUUAGAACAGAACUCUGGGUUGAAUUACAGAACCCUUGUAUCUCCAAGACGAGUCCAUGGGAUUGGAGGAGGAGCUGCCAAAAGAAUUGUAAUGAGAAGACUGCUGCAGUUGCUGCCAUCGGAAUCUGUUUGGACUGCAGCAUUGCUAUAA